AUGGCCGAUUUAGAACAAUACCAAUUUAAGGAAGAUUCGCAAAAAAUCUGUGGCGAAACCGUCCCUUCGAUUGUCGAGGAUUUUGUCGAAGACUAUCCGUCGAUAGUAGAUCGCUUCUACACUCGUUACUACUCCGAUCAUCCUAUCAAACAAACUGAACCCCACCAAGUACUUUUUCAUUCAAAUCGAAUAUGUUUGAUUGGAAUAGCACCAGAACACGAAGCUUUUCGACGAGGAAUAAAGUCAAUCUCGUUUGAGGUAGGAAAAGUUGAUCGCAGCCAAAAUCACGUCAGUGGAAAGAAAAAAAGUGGCGGUAUGAUCGUCCAAGCAGAUUCUACGCUAGCGCUGAUCACCUGCAACGAUGGCAGUGUGUUCAAAGUUCGGUCAUGUGUGCAAGGCAAACUAGUAGAAGUAAAUCAUAGAGUCGUUCAGGAUGUGAAUUUGCUUGCAAAAGAAGGCGAAGGAUAUAUUGCGAUUGUGAUGCCCAAACCGGAACAAUGUGAUAUAAUCAAAGGAAAACUGAUAACCAGAGAACAGUUUGAGAGCGCGAAUGUAAAAAAAAUAAGUGAAUUGAAAUAAAAUGUUAAUUGAA